AAACAGAACCAGAGGGGUUACUUGUCCACCAUGAAAGUCAGGGUUGGAUGCAAGCCCAGCCCUGUUGGGGUUUGAAAUUGCUCUCAGGUCAUUUAGUCUGAAGUCUCCUUGGUGCCAAAGUCUUGUCAGCUGAGGCUUGAAGGGGAAGCAGACAGAUGUGGCUGGAGCUGCAGCUCAUCAGCAACUGACCGCCAGUGCUCAGGGCACCUGGAGGACCACAGCAAAAAGGACAGCCUUUUGCUCCAGGUUUCCACUUUUUGAGAGAUAUGAACACAUUAGUAAAUGUCGGUUUCUGGGAACAGGCAGCCAGGGUGAGAAAAUAAUCAGAUCUACAUAAAAUGGAUAAAGAAUGUGUGGAGGGACCUCCAAAGGGUGAGAAACCACUUCUGGCUGGCUGCUAAGAGGGGGACUUUGCAAUCUGGUCUCACACUCUCAAUUCUUAAAACAUAAGUCCAUGAAGCAGAAAAAAGCAUGUGAUUUGGAAUUUGGGACCUGACUUUGAAGCCCACACAGAACACAGACAAGUCAACCGUGUGGUUUGGGGUAAGUUACGCAGACUCUCUGUGGCCUGUUUACUCAUUUGCAAGUAAAACAGUAAUGAUAAUACCUACAUCAUGGGACUGUUGCGAGGCUCAAAGGAGAUAACGUGAGAGAGCUCUGCUAGCCGGCCUAUUUGUCUUCAUUCUGCUGCUGAUGGCGUGGGGUGUUGAAGUGUCUCUGAUUCAGGGCCUGGACCCUCAGUUUACCCCCUCAAUGGUUCUUACUUCUCUUGCAGACGUAUUUGGUUCCAAAAUGGCCUCUUCUCUUUAUGGAGUACUCUUUGCUGUUGGCCUCUGUGCUCCAAUCUACUGUGUGUCCCCGGUCAAUGCCCCCAGCGGAUACCCCCACCCAUCCUCCACAAAGAGCACCCCUGCCUCACUGGUGUAUUCCCUCAACACCGACUUUGCCUUCCGCCUGUACCGCAGGCUGGUUUUGGAGACCCCGAGUCAGAACGUCUUCUUCUCCCCCAUGAGUGUCUCCACUUCCCUGGCCAUGCUCUCCCUUGGGGCCCACUCAGUCACCAAGACCCAGAUUCUCGAGGGCCUGGGCUUCAACCUCACACACACACCAGAGUCUGCCAUCCACCGGGGCUUCCAGCACUUGGUUCAUUCACUGACUGUUCCAAGCAAAGACCUGGCCUUGAAGAUGGGAAGUGCCCUCUUCGUCAAGAAGGAGCUGCAGCUGCAGGAAAAUUUCUUGGGCAAUGUCAAGAGGCUGUAUGAAGCAGAAGUCUUUUCUACAGAUUUCUCCAACCCCUCCAUUGCCCAGGCGAAGAUCAACUGCCACGUGAAAAAGAAGACCCAAGGGAAGGUUGUAGACAUAAUCCAAGACCUUGACCUUCUGACAGCCAUGGUGCUGGUGAAUCACAUUUUCUUUAAAGCCAAGUGGGACAAGCCCUUUUACCCCGCAUAUACAAGAAAGAACUUCCCAUUUCUGGUGAGCAAGCAGGUCACUGUGCGUGUCCCCAUGAUGCACCAGAAGGAGCAGUUUGCUUUUGGGAUGGAUACAGAGCUGAACUGCUUUGUGCUCCAGAUGGACUACAAGGGAGAUGCCGUGGCCUUCUUUGUCCUCCCUAGCAAGGGCAAGAUGAGGCAACUGGAACAGGCCUUGUCAGCCAGAACACUGAGAAAGUGGAGCCACUCACUCCAGAAAAGGUGGAUAGAGGUGUUCAUCCCCAAAUUUUCCAUUUCUGCCUCCUACAAUCUGGAAACCAUCCUCCCAAAGAUGGGCAUCCAAAAUGUCUUUGACGAAAAUGCUGAUUUUUCUGGAAUUACAAAGAAAGACUCCCUGGAGCUUUCUAAAGCAACCCACAAGGCUGUGCUGGAUGUCAGUGAAGAGGGCACUGAGGCCGCAGCAGCUACUGCCACCAAGUUCAUAGUCCGAUCGAAGGAUGGUCCCUCUUACUUCACUGUCUCCUUCAAUAGGACCUUCUUGAUAAUGAUUACAAAUAAAGCCACAGACAGUAUUCUCUUUCUAGGGAAAGUGGAAAAUCCCGCUAAAUCCUAGGUGGGAAAUGGCCUGUUGACUGAUGGCACUUUCCUAACGCACAAGAAAUAACAAACCACAUCCCUCUUUCUGUUCUGAGGAUGCACUUGACCCCAGUGGAGCUGCAUUCACUGGCAGGGAUGCCACUUCCAAGGCUCAAUCACCAAACCAUCAACAGAGACCCCAGUCACAAGCCAAUGCCCGUUAACCCCAGUCAGUGCCCUUUUCCACAAAGUCUCCCAGGUAACUAGCUUCAUGGGAUGUUGCUGGGUUACCAUAUUUCCAUUCCUUGGGGCUCCUGGGAAUGGAAAUAUGCCAACGCAGGUCAGGCACCUUUAUUGCGAAUUACAAUAACACAUUCAAUAAAACUAAAAUACGAAUUCAGCUGUCAA